AUGCAUAUAGACGGCGUUCUGGACCUCUCAGCCUCUUUCGAUCCUUCUCGGGACCCGAUAUUGUUUACCUUCUUCCGCCAGGAGGUUGGCUGCCGUUGGGGCUGGGUCACGGCGCAAGCAGUUUUCGUGUCAGACUCUGCACACAUACUACACUUAAGCAUAUUACGACUACCUACUCGUACACAAAUACCCAUGUACGAUACUAGUGCCACGAUUUUCAGCUCUGAUGCCGGGGCAUCGGGGCUUUACGAUGAGCGAAUAAGCACGCUAGGCAGGCUUUGCUUCAAAGAUUGA